UUGUGCAAGUUAAGCAGUUAGGACUCGUCGAGCGACCACGUCAACAGCUGAAGGGAAAAUGGCUGCAGAGUUGAGCAUUGUUAUAGAUAAGUAAGGAGACGGUUUGACAAAGUUUCGGGAAGAAAUAAAUUAGAUCAAAGAAAACUAGUGGUUCACUGACCUCGUCUUUCAUUUUACCUUUUAAUGUCUGAAAGAUUUUACUUGUAGUCACAGCUUCAUUAGGCGUGGUUAUAAUUAAAGUAAGUUUUGUUUAAUUUGUUUAUUUUAUAAGAUACUUCUGAUCAGCGUGGCGAUGUUUUUUAACAGUUAGGGGAGGAAAGGCAAAUUAAAGUUCCUAGAUUUGUUUGAAGGCAUGUUGGGAAGAAUGGCGAUUUGGGCUUAUACCCUCCUGGAGUUGAUGCUUUUAUUUGCAUUCGGACUGUGCGUUCAAGGUGGGGCGCCUAAGGGAAACUUAAACCCAGAGGCAUGGCUCCAACAGUACGGGUACCUUCCUCCAGGUGAUCUCCAUAUACAAGCACCCCGUUCACCUCAAUCCAUUUUCUCUGCUAUUGCUGCAAUGCAAAGAUUCUAUGGCAUAACUGUCACUGGAAACCUGGACUCUAACACACUGGAGGCAAUGAGGAGGCCUCGCUGUGGUGUUCCAGAUAAGUUUGGAGCAGAGCUUAAGAGCAACUUGAGAAAGAAAAGAUAUGCUAUCCAGGGACUGAAAUGGAAACAGAAGGAGAUCACAUUCUGCAUACAGAACUAUACACCUAAGAUUGGGGAGUAUGAGACCUAUGAAGCGAUCAGAAAAGCUUUCAAAGUGUGGGAGAGUGUAACCCCUUUACGAUUUCGAGAGAUCCCUUACAGUCACAUUAGGCACAAGACUAGUGACUUUGCGGACAUUAUGAUCUUCUUUGCUGAGGGUUUUCAUGAUGAUCCCAGUCCAUUUGAUGGUGAGGGUGGGUUCUUAGCACAUGCAUACUUUCCUGGCAUUGGCAUAGGAGGAGACACGCACUUUGAUGCUGCAGAGCCCUGGACAAUUGAAAACCGAGACUUGUGGGGUAAUGAUGUGUUCCUGGUGGCUGUGCAUGAGCUGGGUCAUGCAUUGGGUAUGGAGCACUCAGAUGACCCCUCUGCCAUCAUGGCACCUUUCUACCAAUGGAUGGAUACAGAAAACUUUGAGCUUCCAGAGGAUGAUCGUCGUGGUAUUCAACAGCUUUAUGGACCCAACCCUAAUGAACAUCCUCAACCUUCAGUUAAUCCCCCUUACCAUUUCCCUCAUACCACUGACAUUCCACGCAAGCCUCACUUUGGCCCUGAUAUCUGUGAAGGUCACUUUGACACGAUUGCUAUUCUGAGAGGAGAAAUGUUUAUCUUCAAGAAUAAAUGGCUUUGGCGUAUUCGUAAUCACCGGGUUAUGGAAAAUUAUCCAAUGCCAAUUGGACAUGUCUGGAGAGGUCUACCUAUAUCAAUUGAUGCUGCCUAUGAGAGAGAGGAUGGCAAAUUUGUUUUUUUCAAAGGUGACCGAUAUUGGGUAUUCAGUGAAGCAAAUUUGGAGGUAGGCUACCCAAAGAAACUAAGAGCGAUGGGCAGUGGCCUCCCUCAGGACAGAAUUGAUGCUGCACUUUUUUAUACACCUACAGGCAACACCUACUUCUUUCGAGGAAACAAAUAUUAUCGAUAUAAUGAAGAGUUACGAUCAGUGGACCCAGGCUACCCUAAACCCAGUAGCAAGUGGCAGGGUAUUCCUGAUGACAUCAAAGCAGCUUUCAUGAGCCGAGACCAAAGUUUCACAUAUUUCUACAAAGCCAAUAAAUACUGGAAGUUUAACAACCAGUUGAUGAGAGUGGAGCCUGGUUACCCCAAGUUUGCCUUAAGCGAUUGGAUCGGCUGUCCAGAGGAGGACCCUAAGACAGGCGGAGGUCGAACUGAUGGUGGUAGUGAUGGCGAUGGCAAGAACAAUGACAAAGGGAGUGAUGAUGAGGAGAAAUUGGAGGAAACAGAAGUCAUUGUCAUUGAGGUGGACAACACUCCUGAUGAUCAAAGUGGAGUGGCGGCAAUAGUGUGGCCACUUGUGUUGCUGGUGUGUUUAAUUUGCACGCUGGGAGUCUUGCUCUUUUUCCAGAAGUAUGGCACUCCACGUCACCUACUCUACUGUAAGCGUUCCUUACUAGACCAGGUGUAGGGAGGUGAAGAGGAGAAGGGGGAUGAAGAUAAAGGUAAAAGAAGUAUGAUAUACAACCCCGAUUCCAAAAAA